GCGGGCUGCCGGGAGCCGUAGUCCUCCGCUGUAACGGUUCGCCCAGCAGCAGCAGCAGCAGGAGCAGUUGCUGGCGGCGCCCGUCUUCCCCCUUCAGUCGGACGGCGGCGCUUCUCCCCUUCGCACCGCUCGGGACCCUUCUGCGGCCUGCUCGCUCCCGGGACGGGAGGCUGGAGCCCAGGACCGGCCGCACGGACGGAGAGCCAGGCGGCGCCCAGCCCCGCAGUGUUUUCACAUUUCCUACGAUGAAUCCUGUUUACAGCCCCGUUCAGCCUGGGGCUCCCUACGGAAAUCCCAAGAAUGUCGCCUAUACAGGUUAUCCCGCGGGAUACCCCACCGCAGCCACCUACAACCCGAACAUCUAUUCGGCCACCGCCGCAGGUUACGCCCCAGGAUACCCCGCUGGGACGCCCUACAAAGUCCCUCCAACCCAGAGUAAUAACGCCCCGCCCCCCUACUCUCCGUCGCCCAACCCCUACCAGACGGCCAUGUACCCCAUCCGAAGUGCCUACCCGCAGCAGAACCUGUACGCCCAGGGGGCCUACUACACGCAGCCCGUCUACGCGGCACAGCCUCACGUCAUCCAUCACACCACGGUGGUCCAGCCCAACAGCAUCCCCUCCGCCAUCUACCCGGCUCCCGUUGCCACGCCCAGGGCCAACGGCGUAGCCAUGGGGAUGGUCGCCGGGGCCACCAUGGCGAUGUCCGCAGGAACACUGCUGACAACCCCACAACACACCGCCCUGGGGGCACAUCCCGUCUCAGUGCCAACGUACCGGGCGCAGGGGACGCCUGCCUACAGCUACAUCCCUCCCCAUUGGUAAUUCCAUCGGCCAGCCCAGAUCUGGAAUCAAGUCAUCGGAUGCAACCAGGCGUGAUGGAACAGCUGCCCCACAGCCCCCCUCGGGCGUUGCCAGCGAGACCCCCCCCCUCCUCAAGGCUCCCCUUAGCGUCCUUUGAGAUUUUAAUUUUGCGUUUCAUUUUUGACUCCCGGGGCCAAAGCCACGGCCCCUCCCCCCUUUCCCCAUUCCUCCAGACCCCCAAACCCCAUUGGGACCUUAUUGUGGCUUUCCGCCCCCCUUGGUCUCCCAUUUCCCUCCGUUGAGCCUCGCCGGGACCUCCUGAGGCCAUAUAUCCGUUCACGAUCCAGGCAGGCUCCUUGGCGGGGCAGGGGUGGGUGGGAACGGGACCAUUCCCCCUUUAGGGUUCUGGAGGGAUCGAGAACAGCCCGGGUCUCUCUCUCCCACCCACCCACCCUUCCUCCGGGAAGACUCCCUCCCCAUUGUGUUUCCAUCAUGAAACCCGCAUUCCCCCCUUUCCACAAUAGAGAGGGGGGCAGCCUUCCCAUGAAUCAUAGGCUAAGGGUGUCCUUCGGUGGGUGGGUGGGUGGUGGGUAGUCAAAAAAGCCAAAAUGGCAGCCAUGACUCUGAUUGAGACCCUACCUCUUUUUUUAAAAAAAGGCAUUGGGUGUGUUUAAAAAAAGGCGGAGUUUUGUCAUUCUGGUUCCGGCUGUCAUUUUGGGGAGAAGAGACCUUUGCCCCACCCCCACCCCCCCACCCCCAAAAUGGACCUUCUGGAGGUGAUACAGGUAGUCCUCGACUUACGACCACCAGGGAGCCCCAAAUUUCUAUUGCCCGAGUGAGACGUUUUAUUCAGUCCAUUUUGCCCCGUUUUGAUGACCUUCCUUGCCUCCGCCGUUCAGCGAAUCCCUGCGGUUGUUAAGUCAGUCACACUGUUGUUAAAUGAAUCCGGCUCCCUCCCCCCCGUUGGAAGGUCACAAAAGGGGAUCACGUGACACCCCCCCCCCAUGAGACUGCGACCGUCGUAAAUACAAGUCCGUUUUCCCAACGUCUUUGAGUUUUGAUCGCAUGACCACAGGGAUCCCACAACGGUCGUUAAG